AUGUCUGAGACUUCAGGAGGUAACCCCAAUAGCCCAUGGGUCCCAGACUCGACGGGGAACGGCUCCCGGGAGGAUGCCAUGCCAACUGAGGUGUAUGGACACCCAAUGUCGGUGUUUCUUAUGCCUCGCUAUCGGAGCUUGUGCCUUCUUGAUACAAAGGGGGAAGCGGAGCGGAGAGAGGCCAUACAACAACUAAGGGCCCAGAGGGCAGUCGAGCGCUUUCUUAACGAUGGAUGUCUCGUUAGAGCAGCAACUAUGGGGGUUGGAGGGGGACUUCUUGGUAUUCUUUUUGGCGCCUUCUUCUUCACGAUGAAACCUGUCGAUGUCGAUACCACUCUGGGAUUUAGGGCACAACUGCGGGAGCAGUACAAGUCCUUUGUUCCAGAGGUGGCUUCAACAGCGAAGAACUUUGCAAAGAUCGGGGCUUUGUUUUCUUUUUGCGAAUGUAUCAUCGACAAAGGAAGAGCAACUCAUGACCUGCGAGGAGCUGUUUAUGGUGGUUGCCUCACUGGCGCCUUACUGGCAAUCAAAGGCGGACCCAGGGCAAUGAUUGGCGGCAGCCUGGGGUUUGGAGCCUUUGCGGUUAUUAUGGAGCUACUUCAGCCAUUUGCUGGUUUCGACUCAUAA